AUGGCGAAUAAAGAGAUAACCACGGGCCCGAUCGAUCCGGCCGAGCUGCGCAGGCAUAGUGUCGGCACCGUUGAAAUCCAAGAUGCCAAAGGCCGGCGCAGAACGGUGCAGCUGGAUGAGUUGAAUGCGGCCGACAGGGCUCUCGCCGAGCAAUUUGGCUACAAGCCGGUCUUCAAACGUGAGUUCGGCUACCUCUCCACCUUCUCAUUCGCCGUUAGCAUCUCGGGGCUCUUUGCGACGACGGCAACGACAUUCGUCUAUCCGCUGGAAGCUGGUGGCUCCGCCUCUGUCGUGUGGUGCUGGCUCAUCUCGGGCGCCGGUUGCAUGUGUAUUGCGCUUUCCGUGGCCGAACUCGUGUCUGCAUAUCCAACCUGUGGUGGCCUGUACUACACGGUUUCCCGCCUAGCGCCGAAGGAAUGGGUGCCGUCCAUCAGCUGGAUCACAGGCUGGAUCAAUCUACUCGGUCAAGUGGCGGGUAUCGCAUCGUCCGAGUAUGGAUCAGCGCAACUGCUCCUGGCUGCCGUUUCCAUCGGGCGCGACUUUAACUGGUUUCCUACCACUAAUCAGACUGUCGGAGUCAUGGCCGCUCUGACUGUGCUCAAUGGCCUUGUCAACUCGCUCUCGACUUACUGGAUGGAAAAGAUGACCAAGACCUACGUCAUCUAUCACUUCGGCGUUCUAUUUGCUUGCGCAAUUGCUCUUCUGGUUGUGACCGACAACAAGCACGACGCGAGCUAUGUGUUCACCCAUGUUGAGGGAAACGCCGGCUGGACACCGAUCGGAUGGUCUUUCUUGUUUGGCUUCCUGUCCGUCUCCUGGACCAUGACUGAUUAUGAUGCCACGGCGCACAUCACAGAAGAAAUCAACGAGCCCGAGAUCAAAGCUCCCUGGGCGAUUUCCAUGGCCAUGCUUUGCACCUACGUCCUGGGAUGGCUCUUCAACAUUGUCCUUUGCUUCUGCAUGGGUGAUGCCGCCGAAAUCCUUGCGUCGCCAAUCUAUCAGCCCGUUGCGCAAAUCUUCUACAACUCUCUCGGCAAGGGCGCUAGCAUCUACUUUACCGUAUCUGCGUUCCUGAUUCUCCAGUUCGUCUGCUGGACCGCAACGCAGGCGUUGGCAAGGACCGUGUUUGCCUUUUCCCGCGACAAGCUGAUUCCCUUUUCGAAAGUCUGGGUUAUCAUCAACCGAUGGACAGGAACACCACUGUAUGCGGUCUGGAUCAGCAUCUUCUGGUGCAUCGCCAUCAACCUGAUCGCCCUGGGCUCGUACAUCGCGAUAGCAGGUGUGUUUAACGUGUGCGCCAUUGCUCUCGACUGGUCGUACAUCAUCCCGAUCGUCUGUAAGCUGGUGUGGAAGAAAUUCGAGCCCGGCCCGUGGCACCUGGGCAAGUUUUCUUCCAUUGUGAAUGUGUGGGCUUGCAUAUGGACGACCUUUGUGACCAUCAUCUUCAUCUUGCCCACCAUUCGACCCGUGACUGCGAACAACAUGAACUACGCCAUUGUGUUCUUGAUCUUCAUCUUGGUCUGCGCCAUUGUCUACUGGUACAUCAGUGGCAAGAAGUUCUACACCGGACCUGUCGUCGAAGCGGAGAUUGCGGACGAGGAUAUGGACAGUUCGACCUCUGGAGCCGAGCAGGACAAGAAGGAAGGUGGGUUGCGUGACCGGACGCCGAACGCGACUCACUCCCUUGCUUGA